AAUACAUCCAGUGGAGAAAAAUCUUGGGAAAUAUUGUUGGGCCAUGUGAUCAGUGAGCUGUCUAAGGGGAAGAUAUAUGAAGAAGGAGAGACUGAAGAAUUAACAGCGGUGACUCCCGAUUCUGUAGAGUGUUAUCUGCAGCAGUUCUGCCUGCCUUUCCUCAGGAUCACAAGCCUUCUUCAACACCAUCUUUUUGGAGGGGAUUUACCUAGUUGCCAGGAAGAUGAAGAAUUCACAGUUCUUGCGAGCUGCCUGGGACUAUUGCCAUCUUUUCAGUCAGCUCAUCAGUUCACCAGUGCCUCUUGUCUUGACUGGCCAGUGCCAGCUUUUGACAUGAUAUCACAGUGGUGCUCCGAAUUGACUUCAUUUGCAGAUAGACAUCCAGAUCAAGUAAAGGCUUUGCUUAUCCAGGAGCCCAAGUGGGACUUGCCGCGCCUCCUUCAGUUGCCUGACAAUUACAAUACCAUUUUUCAGUAUUACCACAGAAAGACUUGUACUGUUUGUACCAAGGUUCCUAAAGACCCUGCUGUUUGCCUAGUGUGUGGUACUUUUUUAUGCCUGAAGGGACUGUGCUGCAAACAGCAGAGUUACUGUGAAUGUGUACUGCAUUCUCAAAACUGUGGAGCUGGGACAGGAAUAUUUCUUUUGAUUAAUGCAUCUGUAAUCAUUAUUAUACGAGGCCACCGUUUCUGCCUCUGGGGCUCUGUUUAUCUAGAUGCACAUGGUGAAGAAGACCGAGAUCUUAGGCGUGGUAAACCUCUCUACAUAUGCAAGGAAAGAUACAAAGUGCUUGAGCAGCAGUGGGUAUCUCAUACUUUUGAUCAUAUCAAUAAAAGAUGGGGGCCACAUUAUAAUGGCUUGUAAGUCAUCGUCAUCAUCUGCACACCCUGUCAGUGCUGUUACCGCGAAAGAAUGCGCCUUGACUGACAAUAGCUUUAAUCGAAUGGGAGUUGAGCUCUUCGCCUCGGGGUGGAGUUGGGUAUGGGCAUGAAAGGGAAAUGGAACUUUGUCAACAUGAAACUGUUGCAAAAUUAGCUGCUGUUGCUACCAAAUAAUGAUACAGUAAUUUGAAAUUAAAUCCUCAAAAUGGUGUGAGCAAUCUGAUUGCACUCAGUAGUCCAUUUUUCUUUUGUUUUUAAAGCCCAUGAUUGUUAAGAAGCACAAAUUUUACUUUACAGUUGUUUAGAGGCUCCAAGGAUAGCUGUCAGGUUUUAUUUCUCUGUGCAUGGAGUUGAGUUUUUAGCAAUUUUGCUGAAACAGUGUAUAUGUCUACUACAUCUACUAAAUAUGUUGGAUAAAA